GCCGACUCGUUCAUCAAUUUGUCGUCCGUCAGUCUUGAGUCUGGUGUGUUUACAUCGGAUUAGGUGUACAACCAGUUUAAUUUAGGAAAAUGGAUAGCUCAAAAGUUGUAUACUGUAUAUGUGGACAGCCCUACGAUGAACGAAGAUUUAUGAUACAAUGUGACAACUGCAGGGAAUGGUAUCAUGGCAGCUGUGUCGGAGUCUAUGAAUAUGUCUCAUACGAUCUGGACAAAUACCACUGCCCACAGUGUGAAGUUACUUGCGGACCUUCACUGUUUAAAAAACAAAACAACUGGCACCGGCACAACUACACAGAUAAAGAUGCUGAUAGUAAGCCUGUUCAGACUGGAACACCUGUGUUCAUCCAAGAGUUGAAGACAAGGCACUUUCCCAGUGCAGAUCCUGUUGUAACCCGUUUGACGGGUUCCCAGUUGACAGUGGCACACCUGUACCAAAAUGGUUUUGAACAGCCAAUAAUGGUUGAAGAAAAAGAUGGCCUGGACAUAAGAGUUCCCUCAGAAUACUUCACUGUGCAAGAUGUAGAAGCUCUAGUCGGAUCGGACAGAGAAGUGGAUGUGAUUGAUGUCGCUCGCCAAGCCGACAUCCGAAUGAGAGUAUGUGACUUUGUCAAUUACUUCAACAAUCCAAUGAGACAAAGAGUGUUGAAUCUCAUCAGCCUGGAGUUCUCCACUACCAAGUUGAGUGAGCUGGUGGAAGCUCCUUUAGUGGCGCGCAAGUUAGACUGGGUGAACACGGUGUGGCCCAUGUCCAUUGGCACUCUACAGACGGUGUGCAAACGUCCAGAGGUACAGAAGUAUUGUCUCAUUGGAGUAAAAGACUCCUACACAGACUUCCACAUUGAUUUUGGAGGAACUUCGGUAUGGUACCAUGUCCUGAGGGGUGAAAAAAUAUUUUACCUAAUCAAACCAACAUUGGCCAACCUCUCUUUGUAUCAACGGUGGAUGACUUCCAGUACACAGCACGAAACCUUCUUUGGUGACCAGGUGGACUGCUGUUAUCGCUGCAUCGUCCAGGCCGGCCACACCAUGCUGAUCCCCACAGGCUGGAUACACGCAGUGCUCACACCCGUGGACACUCUGGUGUUUGGUGGCAACUUCCUGCACAGCCUCAACAUCCCCAUGCAGUUACAAAUAUAUGAAAUUGAAAAGAAGAUUCGCACACCUGAGAGAUUCAGGUUUCCUGCGUUUGAGACAAUCAACUGGUAUGCAGCCAAACGUCUGUGCGAGGAGCUAAAGAUGAUUAAUGAUGAAGCCUCCAAGGUUCCAGCCUACUUGCUGGUGGGAGUCAAGGCUCUGCUUAUAACUUUAAAGCAAUGGAGUCAAGAUAGAGAUACUAACAAGAGCCGUAAAGAAGAGAUUCCAUCCAUCAUCGAUGCACCAAAACUGUUGAAAGAUCUGAGUAAAGAGAUUCGUCACGCCGAGAGGUAUCUGAACUCCCUGAACCCGCCCAAACCCGAGCGAGAAUCAAAACGCAAAAAGAAAAAACCGGUAAACAAAGACUUUGUGGACUAUUCUCAACCUCAAAACAGCAUUCUUUUAGAGCAGAUGAAAAUGGAACCCAAGGAACCUAUCAAACUGAAUCUGAAAAUGCUGAAUAAAAAGAUCCAGCUGAAGACAGAACCAAUAUCGAGGCCACCUUUGAAGCUGACUUUGCCAAAGCCCGUGAUGUACCCGUACUCGACUCCACUGUGUGAGAACAAGCUGAAGCAAGAAGAAAGCAGUGAGCAACCCGCACAGUUGGGCACAGAGAAUAAGUCCUGGAUCAUCGCCAUGGAUCAUUCACCGCAUGUCAAGAUGAAGUCUGAGAUCAGCGGGUUGAAAGUGAAACUCGCCAAAAAAGUUAAACAUCCCUUUAUGGACGUCCCGUCGACUAGCCCACCGGUUCAUACCCCCUUUGACAACGUCCCAGAAACAAAGCCACCCCAGACCGAGUCUAUUUACGACUUUCAUGAUGACAGUGACUACGCUGGUGAUGACGAUGAGGACUGUUUGACAAUAGAUGAAUCCCCCAAGAAGAGAAGAUGGAGUAAGGGUUCAGGUGCUGUUGAGCAGUCUACUGCAGGCAUCAAAGUAAAGUGGGCCCAGGCUAACCAUACACAGAUACAUUUGAACAAUUUACUGAUGAACCUAAAGGGAAUCAAGACAGAAGACCUGAAUUCUGUGGACGUCACAUCAGAUUUACCAAAAAAUGGCAUCGAUGAACUCUUGAAAGCUUCUGGUUACACAAGGGAUGAGAGUCCAAGAAUAGAAGAUUUAGAGACUGGGAGAACAUCACCGUCUACGAGAGAAGCCAUCGCAGGCAUGUUAUCUAUCAGCAGGAUGUACCUGGGCGGUGGUGGGGAGAGCAGUUCCAGUCUCUCCAGCACACCACGCUCCAAGAAAAAGAAACACCAUCUUCCUACUGUAGAGGAAGUGGAAGACAUGGAGAAAGUCCACCAAGAUGAUGAUUUCAUAUACCCAUCACUAGACUUGUCAGAUGAUGAAGAGGUAGAGAGGACAUCACGGAAUGGUAAGCGGAAGGUAGACGAGGCAUGGAACCCCAAAGCCAGGGUUGGCCACGUGACUCCCAAGACUGAUCGACCUUGCCGAGAAGGAGCUAAGAAGCAAUCGGUAGAAAAAGGACUUGAAGCAGCAGCCGCCAAGCGAGCUGGCCUUCCGUCACCCAAGAGGCCAUACCACAGAAAGAAGCCCAAGCUUUUGCCCGUCGCCAUAGAACAGCCAUCCUCGUCGUCAUCGCACAGUGCCGUGCCUUCUCCUUCCGUCAGACCAGUAACAAUAGAUCUUAAAAAUCGGAAACCAAAGAAAGGCAUGGCGACAGCAAAGCAAAGACUGGGGAAAAUUUUGAAAAUCCACAAAAUGUACCACUAGCUCUAGCAGUGUAUGCCCUGCCGUUAAUGCUAAGCAAUUUUGUACAGAAAUUUUACACAGUAGAACUUUCUUGAUGUGUGAUAUUUUUAUGCUGCUACAGACACUUAAAGUGACGUUCUAUUUCUGUACUUGAUAUAGGAGUUUUUCAUUAAUGGUUCUCUUAUUCGUGUUUAUCUGCAGACUGAAAUUAAUCGUGGUGAUGGGUCGUUAACCAGUUAUUUGAUAUUUGUUCUCUUGCCUCACCCUUCUAUUCUUGUAUAAGCUCAUUGUUUGUUGCAUUACCUGAAUGUUUUCUUGGAUAUUCUGAGUUCUGCAAGGAACACUGUUGCUUACUAAGAAUGGUCGAUAGAUGAAUACCCUUUACAGGUUUUUAUGAUUAAAUAGAGCAUAAAGCCUGGUUUAGAUUGUUUAUAGGAUAGGAAGAGCAGACUUACCUUUACCAGGUUGGAGGGAUUUUUCUCUUCUUCUUCAUAGAGAGAUUAAAUAGAAAACACAAAAUGGGAUAUUUUGUGAUCAUUGGACAACCACAGAGAGAUUCAAUUGAACACUUCAUUGGAAACCAAAUUGAAUCUUUCUGGAGUUUAUAAAGGGGCCGGUGGGCAGGAAACAUCUAAUUUCGUUGUCUCUAUAAAGAAGAAAAGGAAUAUCCUUCCAAUCUGGUGAAGGUAAGCUUGCUCUUCCCAUCCUAUAAAAUCCAAAUACCCUUACAGUUAAUUUUGUCAAUUAUUUUUGUAAAUAGUGCAAUAUUUAUAGUUAAAAGCACUAAAGCCAUGCAUCAUCAAUAAUUCCAUCACUCCCUACUAAGCCAAAGAAUCACCUUUUUUAGAAGGUUUUGUUUUGAAAAAGUUCAAAACGACCCAUCACUUGGUGUAAUAAAACACCAUACUUAAAUCUGAACCAUUCACAAAUAUCUUAUUUUUAUACCUUUAAAGAUAGUCACAUGAAGACUGUAGGAGUUAUUCUUUUAUUGGUUUUCUUAAGAGGCAAUUUUUAUCACUUUUGGUAAGUCAUCGUGUCAUCAAACUGGUAAUGAUAAAGACGCCCAGCUUCCAACCUGAAGGAAAACCAUUACGGUGAAAUUACUUAAGUAUUGUUUUGUUAAUCCAAUGAGUUUUUUUAAGUUGUAUAGUAAGUAUGUGUAUAAAAAUUGUAUAAAAUUUUGUACUUUUUUAUUUUGUGUUAUGCUUAUUACUUCAGAAAUACUGCCAGGAACUUGGUCUAAACCAUCAACAGUUCCCAAGUGAGUGAGAACCUGAUGACUCCCACAAUCAAAUUAUUCUAGAACUUCAUAAUGUCAGAUUGUCAACGGAUUUAUCUUUCAUAUUUUUCAAAUUUCUAAUUAGUUUUCUGGGUUUUGAAUCUACAUUCAUUUAACAAUUUUUUGUAUCCUGUUCAUUUCUAUGUACAUACAAUAUGAUAUGUAGAUUGUCCACAAAUGUAAAUUUUAAAAGAAAAAAACAACAAAAUGUACUCUUUGAGAUUUUUAUAACUAAAAGAACCAAUGAGAGUACAGAAUGUAUUUUUAUCUGACUUGAAGUGAUAUGGACCACUUUGAUCAUUUAACUAAAGUAGAAAUUCAAAUACAUGUAGCAAAGAUACAGGAGAUAGAGAAAGUUAGAUUGGAUUCAUAAAAACAUAGAUAGCAUAACAGAUUCAGGAUGUUGAUUAAAUUGUUGUUUUUCUCUUCUCCGUCUGAAAAAGGAGCUUGAAAGGAAACAAGCUUUGUAUGUAAAUAAAUAUCAGUGGACCCAGCAUUAUGUACGCAGAACCCCCAAUCUUGUUUAAUUUAAUUUCUACUGUAUUAAAUAAAUUAUCACAUUCAUUUAUUUAUGAAAUCGUAAUGGUUUUAUAGUUAAAUUUCAGUUUAUAGAAAUAGUUUUAUUGUUUUGUUAAUACGUUAUAAGAGUUGAGUUAAAUUGUCUUACCACAUUGUAUUUAAAGUGAAGUUUACAACAGUAAUUAAAAUGUAAAUCUAAUUAAACGUAUGGUGUGAUAAAAAUAAUGGGACUUCCUGAACCUACAGCUGUGCCCUGCUCAGCUCAUUUUCAAUCAAACCUCACACAAUAUUUACAUCCACCACCACAGUUCAGAUCCGUUUCAGUUCACAUCGCUGACACUGACCUCAGAACUUUUUCUACAGUUUGAAAUGUGGACAUGUGUGACUUGGUUCGUAAAAGUAUCUAGAUUUUAACCGUAUUUAUCAUAGUUUUUUCUCCCAUUCAAAUAAUUUUUGUGCAAGUUGUGUUAAACAUGCAUUUUCAAGUCCUGUAGUUUUAAGGAGGUGGCAUUUUAAAAACAAAAUGUUGCUGACUUUGAGUAUGUAGAACUAUAAGCUUAACCACAAAAACCAAAUUUUACACAUAUGGACCAUUUGAGCUGAGGCAUAGCACAGUUUUCAAAAUUUGAUAUGGCUAAACUCUCAAAACAAACUAUGCGAACCAACAUGAGACUUGAAACAAUUUUGAGAACUGCCAACGGCAAAGGACAACGUCCAACAAAGCGGAAGCGUAAACUCAUGUCAAUUUAAUAUCAAUUAAAAGUUUUGAAAAAUAAAGAACGAUAUUGUGAAUAAAUAUUGAUAUAUCACAUUAAAGUUUCUUAUAGAGUAUUUCAAGGGCCUCUUUUCUUACUUGUUAAAUAGUUUUUUUAGUUCUCACUGCAUUAAAUUUAUUUUUGUUUUUAAUAAACACCAAGUAUAAAAUAAUAUGGCUUACAUUUAUUAAAUAUUCUAAAACAAAAAAUUUCUACAUUGGUGUUAUAUCAAUGCCGAAUUGCAAAUCCACCGAAACCUUAAAACAAUAUCUAAAACGAGUAUCGACUGGCAGAAUCUUCAAUUGAAUCUGCAGAGGUUUGCUGUAUCACUGAUUAUCGAACAAAAUUCACAUUCAUUUCUGACCACUUCUAGAAAAAUUUGUGGAUAAAUUGAAUGGAAGGUUGCAGGCAUAUUAUCUGUCUGCACACAGCAUUAAAGGAGAACCAAACAUUCGUUUAAACAGCUGGUCGAGGCCCUCCUGUGCAUGGCAUAACAUGCCGAUCACACGGGCUAUGCAGCAUAAAUAUUUGAGGCACCAAAUUCGCUGUUAGUGUUAUAAUUAAUAUAUAAUCAAAAAUUAAUCUCAAACAUGUUAUUUUGCAAUUGAAAAAAUCAAGUAAUUAAUUGAAAAUAGUGGAAUAUUAGUCCAGCAUUUGCUGUAAAGAAAUUCCCAUUGGAUAUUCCUAAAACUUUAACUUUAACUACGCAUUUAUUAGUUUCAUGACAUGAUAAGCAAAGUUUUGCUUUUGUAAGUUUAGCCGUAAAAUUCAUCCUGCCACUGAAACCUUGAAAUAGGUUUAGAUCAUUACUUUAAUUUAAGCUUCUUUUGUGUUUUAUUCCUGUUGUUUUGUAUAUGUUUGAAGUAAACUUGUUUCCAUGUUAAAUGUUACAGUUUGUGUAUUUAAUCCUUAACUACUAUGUGUUGGUGUGUGAUCACUGUUGUAUCACAGUCUGACAACCCGUCAUUACUAUUUAUCGCAGAAGUUGGAGUAAUUUAUCCUACUUUAUGUAAUCAUGUGAGAUCACUGGUUUAUACAAUACUCUGCAUAGUAAAUACAUAUAGUCUCCCCAAGUAAUCAUUUUCAGGCCUAUUGAAUACCUCCAUAGUUGUUCAGUCCUUGAAUUCUGCCUAGGCAACAGAGUGAUAUUGAUAUAUAGAAACUGUGGUAAUUGGUAAUACUGAUCACCCAUGAGUAUGAAAUAAGUAAUUAAAAUUUGUGAUACAAUUGUAAUUAAAAUGUUUACUUAUAAUAAAUUUAUAAAGUAACAGAUUCUCUUCUAAAAACCACAGCUUUGGUUUAAUUUCACAUUUUUAUUAUUAACUUGAAUUUUGUAAUAAUCUAAGAAUAAUUUGAAACUCACUAUAAUAUGUUCAUUACCGUAUAGACAUUAAUUAUUAUUACAUAUCACAACAAAUUCAAGCAGCUAUCUUGUUUCUUAUGUAUUAAAAUACAGGGUUAAAAGUAGCAAAGCGUAAUCUGAGAACAGAUGGAUUUUAACUAGCUGUAGCUCAAAAUUUUCCAGCGGAGUAAUAAAUGCCAUUGCCUAAUUAAAAUUUUUGAAAAUUUAUUCUGUAGAUGAAAGAUGCGUUUGAGUAUUCAAUUUAUCCUAAAUUCAUGAUUUCUCACAAUUUUGGUUCACAUUCCAUCACCAUAUGUUGUAAUUCAAAUGUCCUCAUAUUUAAAAUCUAAAACCUCUGACUUUGGCGUAGCUUCCUCUAUCCAGAGAGUUAUAGAGAUGUACCAUGGUGUUAAGUUAAUAGCAUGGAGUCCUGGAAAUUUAUCUACCAUGUAUUACACCUGACAAAGGAGAGUAGGACAACAUUGUAGGAAAUAUCUUUUGGAACUUAAUUUGAUGUUUAUAUUAGACAGUGUAUUAAAUGAACAGCCUUAUCUGUCACAGAAGAGAAAUUCUCUUGAAGAACAGAUAAAGUUAAACAUACAUUAGAUUUCCAAUCAUCCGGAUAAGAUUUUUGAAUGGCAGGUCUAGGUAACAAAAUUUAUAUGGACAUUUGCCACCACAUAAAUUGCAAACAAUAGAAUACAGCAUUUGAAAGUGGGUUUAGAAUCAUAGAAAAUCAACUAACUAAAGAUCUAACAUUAAAGGAAAGAACAAAACUUUCUGUCUCCAAAAUCAAAUAACUUCUCAUUUAUUACAUGCCCUUUGAAAAGUUUUUCUGCAGCUAUCACAUAUCUCCAAUCCAGUCAAUUUUCUUAUUGACCUCUUUUGGAGAAGUAAAACCCUUUCUAGUUUGGCAAAGUUGUAAGCGAUAAAACCGGUACGCAAAAAUAGUCUGCAGUCAGCAAAUGAGAUAUAGAAGCUAUAAAGAGGAUGAUAUUUUGCAAGUUCCGUUGAAAAGUGAUAUAAUUACUUAUUGGUAUAUAGGCUUGUCAAUAUAUACAUUUUCCCACUUGUAUUAACUUCCUUGAUGGGUAUUACUGGUCAUCCAACAAUAUUCCUUGUCCAAUAGCUGUACAACACAUUUCUAGAGAGAUGAACGACACAAUUGAGUAUCUAAUACUCUUUGUUGAAAUCGGCCUAGCACUCAAAAUUUUUUCAUAUAUCUGUUAUUCUUAUUGUCAGAUAAUAGAGAACAUUAAUUUCAAGGCUACAGAAAAGACGCACAGUAUUGUAAGGUUUGUGUGAUACAAAGAGAAUCUGUGCUGGUUAAUAGCACAACUGUACAGAACUAAGCUUGAAAAGCUCAUGUUAUAGUAUAAAAUUAUUAACUUUUAAAAUAUGUUGUAAAAUUAUUUAGAUGGUGUGUUUUGUUAAUUAGGUUUAUAGUUCCUUCUCUUUUCUGUCCUAAUUUCCUGAAAAGUUAAACACUUUUCUAACGCAAAUCGACAGUUCUACUGUUUUCCGAACUUCUAGUUGUAUAGUUUGUAUAUGAAUCUCUGUAAAUAUAUAUUAAUUUCUAUAUGGGAAAGUAUGUUGAAUUUUUUUGUUAAAAUUGAAAAUGAAAAAUUUUAAAUUUAUAUAGGAAUUAAGAGGUUUAUUAACCCUUUCACCACUGUAGAUUGUGCAGCCAGCCGAGCCAGUUGCGCUGAGUUUUUCAUAGCCAAACUAGCUUUAAAUGGUUGUGGCGCCGCGAUCGUUUCAUCCAUUCACAUUUGGUAACCAUAUAUGUUGUAUAUAACUAUUUGGUUAGUUAUUUUCUAGUCUAUUUUUAAUUAACCUCAAAAAAGUUAAACGAUUUUUGAAACUAUUGGCCUAUUUAUUUUGAUUAGGAUACAAUUUCUUUUUGCAACAUACAUCCAUGUUCUCUUCAAGUAGAAAUGCGUGUUUUUUCACGGUCACACAAAGAAAUAUAGUAUGAGUAUUCAUCAAAGCCAAAUCAAAUAUAUGAACAAAUAACUUUAUACACACCAUCAAGUUGUUCUAGUACUUUCAUGAUAUCACUUUGGUAUUACUCAAGUAUUUCCCCUCCCGAUAACCCCCUCCCCCUCCUACCUACCAGCCCCCCCCCCCUGCCACACAAGAUCUCGCUUGAACUUUCGGUACACACAUCAGAUAGCUGAAUAGCAGAACAAGAUAGCUCACGUGACUAUGCCAGAACACCGAUAGUGCAUGCGAGAAUACUCAAGAGUAGAGAUGAUGGCAAGUGCUCUGCUUGUGAGUAUUCUCGUCUACAGUGGUCGAAGGGUUAACAAAUGAACCUUAUUUUGUUAUAAGCUAUAUCCAGUUUGAAAUGUUAUGGAAAUCACAUACGAGUCGAUAAAAAAUUGACUUUUCAAAUAUUGUUUAAAGAUUGGCAAAUAUUUGCUUUUAAAUAAUUACAAAUUAACCCAUUGCGGAUGAUUAACCAGUUUCUUGUGCUGAGUAGAACAACUAGGUGUUCAAUAACGUAAUAUUCGUGCAUCGAACAGUCUGUGUUUCAUCUACUCAACUAUUCCCAUAUUUCUCUAAUAGAUUGUGCUGGCAAGAUUUCUGUCAUACUGAGAUAGGCCAUGUAAAUAAAUAGCAAAUAUAUAGUAUUUACAUGUAAAUAUAUAGUGUUCUUAAACUUAUUGAUCUCACUUUUUCCAACUCUACUCCCCUUCCUCAUUUUUAUUCUUUUCUGAAUCUAGUCUACCUUCCCCCCUCCACACUGCCUUCCCACUAAAUGAAUAAUAACCUGUUUUACCUUUUUGUCCUCAUGUUGUAGUCCACAUACUUAAAAGCGUCUUCAUGUAUAUUAUAAAGUAUGUUCGGAAUGUUUACCCAAAUUAUGCACUUUAGUUCCAUAAACACGUAUUGUGUUUCAUUUUCUUUGAAAAUAAAUUUUCACAAAUAUGCAUGCCUUUUGAAAAAUGCAUACCAAAUAAUUUUUUUUGUAAAAAAUAAUUAAUAUUUAUUAAAAUGAGGUCGCGUUUUGAAUAAUUUAAGUCUCUACCAAUUUUAUUAUUAUUAUUAUUUUUGCCCUAUCUCCCAUAUAUUAUUCAAUUCAGACGUAUGAGAAAGUCACUAAAACAAUAUAUUUAUAUCUCAUAAUAAACAUUAAGGUUGUGUCACCAUCACUAUUGUCCACCUUUUCUGUUCUUAUUUUGUAACCUUCUUACAGUACUAACUUAAUUUUCUUUGUCCUUGUGUCUGUGCCUCCUAAAGUCCUAUAUCAACUUCCCCGUAUUAGAGCCACCAUCUCUCUUGCCAUGUCACCUCAUGAGUAUUUAAUUCUUCAUCCCUGCACUAACUUCACUCAACAAAACCUUGUGUUGAUUUAAACCGUGUUGAUCCAUAUCCGGAUUCAAUGUCUGCACUGCCUCCUGCUUGCAAAUCUUUAGCUGGUUGUCUCCCUUGAAUAUCAUAAGACUUGGCCUUGCUUCCAUAGACUCUGAAUCACAUUUUUUGUUCCUCCUAAACUCUGUUGCACCAUCUCUGUGUUCACGGCCUCGACAAUCAAACUCAAAGCAACGUAAAGUCCAGCUAAGGCAUUUGGCUAGAUUAACUGGAUCCGCAAUGGGUGAACAGGUGUUUUAUUUGAAAUAAUAAUUUUCAAAGAAAUAGAUUGAUUAUAUGUAUAAUGUACUUUGUACUUUAGAUUGUGAAAAUCCUUUGCUAGUUGUUGGUGUUACAUUUCCUUCCUGAUGUCAUUAAUUUAUCUCUCUUGUAAAGAUGGAAUUGGUUGUUAGAUUUCGAUAUUGUGUAAAUGUAUGAGGUUAUCAGUACUCGUAUAAUUUAGUGCUAAAGUUCUUAAAUCAGUUAUGUAAAUAAUUCACUAAGUUAGCGUAACUUUAAAUAUGUGCGUACACUACAAAAGUUCUAACUUAGACUUAAUUACUGAAUUUCCCGCUAUUGUAACUUAACUUUAAAAACAAUGUGUUGUAUUCGGUUACAUUGAUAAAAUACUUAUUUACGUGUUGUUGUUGUUAUGGUUACAGUUACAUAAACAUGUAUUUUCGCAUCACUAUAUACUUCAAACAUCUUUUGUGUACUAAAAUAAAACUGCAGGUGUCUGAAAAGUAAUUUUUUAUGUUUAAAGAAAUGGAAAUUAAAUUUUACUAUCAGUGA